GAUGAGUCAGCAGAGGGACGGGCAGCCACACCGGGAGGAGGUUACCGACCAGAGACUCUCAUCUGACAGAAUCACGGAAGUGUCAACCAAACUCAUCUCCAGCGGGAAUACAAGAAACUACUGUACUUUAUUUUUUUUAUUAUUAAGAAACAGCUUAACCAUCAGUACGAGCAGGAGGUGAAGUGAGUUACUGUCGGGACUGGACGGUAUGACUGCGGACAGAGAGGAACAGGAAGACGAACUGCUCGCUCUCCACAGUAUUUUUGAUUCGGAUGAAUUCGUCCGGGAUGAGUCGAAGUUUUCCGGAGAAAUCCGAGUGUCUGUCGAGCUGCCGGGAGACUUCACGGUGGUUUUAAAAGAAGGUGAAACACUGAGGCAGUAUGAGAUAUCAUUCCUCCCUCCUCUGUGCCUGACCUUUGAACUCCCUGAGGACUACCCAUCGUCCUCCCCUCCCUCUUUCUCCCUCACCUGCAGCUGGCUGACACACAAACAGAUCCCUUCAUUAACUGCUCAGCUCGUCGAUCUCUAUCAGGCCACUGGGGGCGCUGUGGUGCUCUUCACCUGGAUACAGUUUCUUAAAGAGGAUGCACUCAAGUUCCUGGACGUCCACUCUCUGCUGGAGCUUCCAUCACACGAGCAAAGCAUCGCACAGGACCUCUCUGCAACAUCCUCCAGAGCUGAGCAUCCAACAGGGAACUUUGCUGAAAGUCAAAAUCCUUCAACAUUAGACGAGAGCAGCAGAGAUUCUCAGGUAGCUGAGGAAUCAGGACAGAAUAACUCAACAUCACACCACAGCAAAGUCAGGCAGACUGAUCUAAACUCAGACUCUAAUGAGGAGCCUCUGAUCCAAAACACUUUAACUGAUUCUGAUAAAGAUUCCUCUGAUGACAGGGAGGCUGACCAGACAUCUGAAAACUCAGAAUUUAAGUCGGUCUCAGAGCAUCUUCCAUUUUCUCAGUCUGAUCAAAGUAACCAGGAAGACAUCUUUAAUGGGGAUUCUUCAGCAUCAUCAUUUCCCUCUUCUAGCUCUCCACACCCACUGGAUCAAACUGGACAAACCCCCUCUGGUCUCUCCCUGACUCCAUCACAAGCCCUCCUGUCCCAGCUCUUGAUCUACAACGCCACCCAGAAACAGAAAGAGUUUUCCACCACCGUCUUUGACUGUGACAUAUGUUUCGUCGGCUGGCUCGGUUCAGAGUGUGUUCAACUGCUCGAGUGUGACCACAUCUUCUGCCGGGGCUGUCUCGGCGAGUUCUGCAAGCUCCAGAUAACGGAGGGGAACGUCCGUGGUGUCACCUGUCCUAAUGCAGACUGCCCUGCAACCCCUACACCUGCACAGGUGAAGAGUUUGGUCGGGGAGGAGCUGUUCAGCCGUUACGAUCGUCUCCUGCUGCAGAAGACUCUGGACUCCAUGUCUGAUGUGACGUACUGUCCUCGGCGUACCUGUGCCGCGGCCGUCAUUCUGGAGAAGUCCAGCAGGGCGGCGGUGUGCUCUGUUUGCAAAUAUGCCUUCUGUGUCGCCUGCAGAAAGACCUACCAUGGAACAAAGGACUGUCAGGAUCAGAGGAACACAAAGACAGAAGAAUCACAUCACCUUAACAUGACGCUGCCACACUCAAUAGAGGGAUUGAAGGCUCUGUGGAAGGACUAUGCCACUGGCAGUAAGCAGAGGAAGAAGCUCCUGGAGAGCAGAUAUGGCCGCAGCAGAUUGCUCUUCACUCUGGAGGAGGGUCUGAGUGAGCAGUGGAUCUGUGGCAACAGCAAGAACUGCCCUCACUGCUUCUGCAAGAUAGAGAAGCAUGGCGGAUGUAACAUAAUGACCUGCUCUCAGUGUGGACAGAAGUUCUGCUGGAUCUGCCUCGCCAGACUGCCGAGUAUUGGUUCACACUACAGUGAAAGUCCCGGUUGUAGUAUUUAACUAUAAUCCUUCUGCUUUUUCCACCAGCCACACGGGGAAUGAUUGUUCAAAAUGUUUACUUAUUUCGCUGUUUUCAGACUUGUUUGGCCUUGAAGUGCACUUUUACCAAAACACUCUACUUCACAGCAGGUAACAAGAAAACAUGGAAUAAAAACCUCAACACUACGGACUUAAAAAAAAGUAGUUUAUUGUUUUUUUACAGAAAGGCAAACUAAAAUAUAUUUUAAACAAUGGAUGCACUUCAUUGUGAGAAAAUUCCAAUUAUUAUUAUUUUUUUUACAUGUUAAUACAUUUUCUAAUGGGACCUUGCAGUCAGCCACCCAAGUUGUCAUAAUGUUUUGUGACCAGCAGAGGGUGCUAAACAACAAGAAUGAGAAAAGAGCUUGGUCACGCUCUCCUGUAGCUCAGUUUGGUUUUUAUUAAGAAAUACACUUUGCAUCGAACGCCUUCACAAUUUAAUAAUCGUGACAUAAAAAUGAAAUGUGUGUGUCAGAUGCAUGUUUGCAGCUCUGGAUGCAGAUGAGUAAUCUAGGACAGAAAACCUCCUUAUUGUGCCUUUUUUUUCUUCUUCAAACCAAGUCAAAGUGUUCAUAUUAGAGCUUCUCAUUACCUCUUGGUGUUAUGAGGGUUUCUAAAGGAGCUGUUUUAAUAUUUUAAUACACAACCCAUGUAUUUGAGUGAUUGGUUAAUCCUUUGCUAUGUAAAACCUGGAAAUAGUUCUCCUGUUGAAGUUCCUGUUGGGUUGUCUUUAAAAGGCUUGUUUUUUCAUGCAAAUGUUUUGAAACAAAGACAUUCCCUCGAUAACGCUAAAAAAGAAAUCAAGCUACUUACUCGUCGACUGACUGAUUACAGCUCGUGAGGAGUUUUUUUUGCUGGAUACGAAACAAAAUGAAAUAAAAACGGAUGACUUUAUAUGAGCUUUAUGCAAACAAAGACCAUCAGUGACAGGAUUUCUCCCUUCUCUGUAGUUUAUUGAAUGCGUGAUUCUGCUGCUGUGGGGUAGGUGUCAAACCAAAUUAUUAACAGCUUUUUUUUUUUGUUGCAAAGAUACUCAAAGAAAUAAGGACGAGAAUACAUUAAAAAUGUAAAGGACAAGAUCAGCAAAGAGAUAAAUUGUACAGCUUUGUCCACAGGGGGGCGCCAAAAUCAUCACAAACCGAAAGUUCCUUACAGGAGCUUUAAGAGAUUAAAUGUUGCAGUAGCCGUACGCAGAAAGUCGCUGUAUCUUUAAAUGUGCUUCAAUGUCGAUACAUUUUAAAAAAAAUGAUUUUUAAUAUGUAAUUCACUAUUUACUUGCCCUUCAAGAAUUAAGACGUGCAAUAGUUUCCUACAGUACUUGAUAUUAUUUAGAAAGCUAUGAGACAAUAUUUGGCUGUAAAGUUAAAUGACUGUAUUAUGAAUACACUGUAAAGACUACCAUAUUCAUUAAACUCCUUUGGGGACUGUAA